AUGAUCAAGUCUGCCGGCAAAAUACGCUUGGAGGAGGAACGCCGGUUCCUACAAAACUCCAAUAAAUGGCUAGUGAAAGAGAACGAAAAGCUCCAGCAAUGGUGCAAUAACCAGGAGCUGCUGCUUUGGGAUCGUCGUCAAGCCUUUGUUUCGGUACACCAGGGAGUUCUUGGAACAUUGCAGAAUGACCACGAUUUGGAUCUGGACCUUGAUUCAAUCUGGAGAGAAUUUCCCAAUAUGCCGACCCCACCACCUUGUCUCGCAGCCAACCACCACAGUCUCCGUUUAGUCCAACCUAAUAGCAUGCCAAAGCAUGCAAGAUACGGGGCCGGGAGGCCUGCCUUCAUCGAAUGCCUAUUCUAUCCUAGCUAUGAGAGCAGGUGCUCCUUCAGCUGGACCGGACCGGAUCCUCUAUCCCCUGACACCUGCGCCGAUGAUAUAUUCCUCUACGUGUCGGCAUUCUUCCUUUUUGAGCUCGUGGACUGGAUAGAAAUUCGGCUCAGCAAACUCAGCAUAGGAAACAAAGAGGUCGUGGAAGAGUACCCGUUCUUUCUUCCACGGGUUGAAUCGAUGCUGGGGAAUCUACCCAGAACGCGUGGUCAGAUACAUGAUAUCGUUUCGCGGGGUAACCACGUGGAAAGCGUUGGAGAAAUCCGGUUUCAACUGUCUAUGUGGCCACGGACUGAGAGUCCAGAGAAAUCUGCUAUGCGGGGUACGAUCCCUCUAUCUUACAUCCACCCUUCCAUGCAAGUAUCAUCGCUUGAUCCACAGCUUUUUGUGCAAAAUAUUGUAGGAAACUGGGGGCCGUGA